GGACGAAGACGCUAUACUCGAAUUAAGUAUUGAUAAGGACGAGAGUGAUGUGAAGAUGGAAGAAACCGUAACAGUUCCCUAGCAUUUAGAUUACCUCGUUAUUGAUUCCGAUUAAAAAUACUACAUAAACAAAAAAUUUAAAUAAUUUACAUACAUAUAUUUUUAAUAUACUGAAAUAAACAAACAAUUUACGACAAAUAUCUUGCAUAAAUUUACUAUAGUACGACUAGCGAGUAAAUACAAAAUUACAACGAAUGGGCGGCAACUAGUUUGAUCUGUCAAUAACAGCUGGUAAACGGCCGUAAGAAAAUUCAGUCAAAGUUGUUUUGUAAUUCAGUAUGGCUGUAACAAAGACUUUGCGCUCAUUAUUGCAAGAGCUACGUUUGGCUUCACCUAACGGUUGCAUCAAAAACUCGCUGGCCGCACGAUAUAUCCUGGCACAAUACAAGAAAUACUCUACCACAGACUUGCAAUUGUGUAAGGCGCGAGAUGAGGCGUUAUUCCUGGGUCAAACUUAUUUAACAUACUUAUCCAGCUUGCGAAAAUACAAUGAAUUGUACAAAGAGUACCAUGGUCGUGGUGAACGCAGCGUCAAAGAAACUGCGGAUUUGGUUGGCUUCAAAUUGCCAACGGAUCCUAAAUAAAAAUUGAUAUGUAAUGAUGAAUGUUAGCUCUAUUUGGUUUCUUGAUAUGAACGAUCUUUUUCAGUGAAUGAAAAUAAUAUAGUAUUGUAAUAUUGAUAAGAAUGUGAUUUUUUGAUGGAUUCAAUAAUACAAAGCAAUGUAGCUGACUACUGUAAAAGCAA